AUGAGCGACCGCAGCAUGUAUCUUGCCAAGUACCGCAACACUAACACUCAGCGGGCUCACUUUGCUAUCUUCAUCCCUGAUGCAGAGUAUGAUCGCGCCGGCCUUAGCCAGGACUAUCGAUCAUCUCCGUGUAAGGGAACUAAAAUUCAUGUUGUUGGCGAGCCGAUGCUGGUUGGCUUCCAGCUUGAGAUCAAGCACGAUUACGAAUGCGACACCUCUCCGGACCUGAAGGAAUUGGUACAUAUCGGCUACAUAAACUCUGACCAUGUCCGCACUCCAUCUUCUUCCGAGCUUCGUCAGGGAGACAAUUGUCGCGGGAGACUUGAGAGGGAGGCGCUCAAGGUCCCACCACCCCCUAAUGGACAAAACAUUCGUGCCCCAAUUAACGGGGCCACUACUAGAAGGUGUCAGGAAUGGACCAUGGAGUAUCUGUCUCACCUCGUGGCGAAGGGGUUGGUACAUCCCAGCACUCUUUCCAAGGUACAAGAAGAGCGGGACGCACCAAAUUUCGGGAUUUUCGGUCAAUGA